AGUACGACAACUGCGUUGUUGAUAAAUAAAAAUUAAUUAUUACUUCUGGCAAGGUUUAAUUAUACUUAUAUUGAUUAUUAAUAAUGUAUUCCUUAAUACGUGAUGAAAAUAAUAUAUUUCAUGUUACUUUAAAAAAGAAAUGUAAAAAAAGAAAGCAUUCAUACAGUUUCGAAGAUUCAGAUGGAAAUUUUAUAUCAGGACGCUUAGAAUGUUCUAACGAUGAUAUAGAAUCUUUACGUUCGAUACAAAAAAAUCUUACAUCAAAAGUUCCUAAAGUUGAAGUCACUCAAACAUUACCUAGCCCAUCACACAAAAAAAAACUUAAAAAUAUAAUUAUAUUAGAAAACACAAAAUUACAAAAUACGAAAAAAAUUCAUAUAAUUGAAAACAGUCUCAAACAUUCCAUUAAAAACAGCGAUGGGAAAAAUUUAUUUCACGAUUCGCCAAGAUUAAUAACAAGUACACCAAAUACUUCAGGCACAUUGACAUCUAGCUUGAAAUUAAACACAACCCAUACAUCAAGCACAGCAAUAAAUUUAUCUCUUAUGGAAUCUGAAUCAAUAUCUCAAAUUAAUGGAAUUGAUAGUGUAUUGGCAAAAAAUGAUUCUCAGAUCAUAUUAGUUAAUGAAUCAGAACAGUUAUCAACUUCUCUCGAUCCUUAUUUAAAUGAUGGCGGAAAUUUAUCAUUUGAACAAUCUCUUACAAAUUUAAAUAACGAUAACUUUAUUGGUAUAGUUGAGAAGUACAAUCUAACAGAUCAAAAUAAUUUUGAUAGGAUAUUUCUAAAUUCUCAAGUUCUUGAUUUAUCCGAAACCGAGUUAGAACUAUUAAAAACUAUUGAUAGUGAAAUUUCAAUAGAUGUUUGUUUAGAAAAUGUGGAAAAAAUUGAGGAAGUAUCAACUGAAAUGGAUUUUAGUAAAAAACAGGUUAUGAAGACAAAUGAUGAACAGUUGAUUUUAAAUAAAGAAGCUUCAGAAAAUCUAAUGCCUACUGAAGUUGAUAAGGAAGUGAACGAUUCGGAUCCUAGUUAUGCACCUGAUAAUGAUUCCAAUGUUUCUAUUGAUGAGAAUCUCUACGAAAAUAAUGAACCCGGAGAAACUACUAGCAAAAAAAAUGAUGUUACAAUAGUAAUUCGAGAAAAUAUCAUAUCUCAAGGAUUUGAUGUAUCUUUGCCUAUUCGACACGUUCCCUCAUCAUCGAAAGUAUCUGAAUUAGAACAUAAUCCAAGUGACGGUGGUCUUAAUGAAGAGAGAUCUGUCGGUCAGAUAUUUAAUGACAAAAAUGGCACUAAUGACACAGAAAAAAAUGCAGGACGUAAUUCUGAAGACGUCGAUAAAUCCUCUAAAAUCUCUGAAAUACCAGAGCAAUUGGAAAAUACUGAUAAGAAAAUUUUAGUUAAGCCGUCCAACUCAGGGAGUAAAGUUCAUGCGUGUUUAUACUGCAUGAAACUACAAACACGAUUACCCAGGCACUUAGAAUUGAUUCACCCACUGGAAAAAGAUGUUAGAGCUUUCCUUGCGUACCCUCGAAAAAGUUCAAUUAGACAUGAAUUAAUUGCGACGAUUCGGAACAAUGGUGAUUAUAUAUAUAAUAGUAAUUUAGAAGGUGAAUCACUUCGUAAUCGGAUUGUGUCUAGGCGGCCUAAUGUGUCAAAUCCCAAAGAUCCAAGUGAGUUUAUGUUUUGCCCUAGCUGUCAGGUGUCAGUUCGUGAAAAAACUCUUUCAGCUCACUUCAAAUACUGUACCGGACAAAAUGGAAAAAAACGCAGAGUCAUUAAAAAACUGGCAAAAAUAUAUGAUAAUGAUUUACAUCCUGAAGCAUGUAAAAAGUUACGCAAUCUUAUUGUUUGCAUGCAUGUCGACGAUGUUUCAAAAACUUUAAAAUUCGACACUCUAUUGAUACGAUUUGGAAAUACGCUUUGUGAAAAGUACAAACAAGAUCAGCAAAAUGAACUGAUUCGGAAUCGACUUAGACUCCUUUCAAAGCUACUUGUAACGACACAAAAAAUUGAAAAACAUACAUUCGAAAAAAAUAAUCUUGGUAAAUCUUUUAUUUUCACUCCAAAAAUAAAAAACAUGACUUGUUUAUUUCACCCACAACAUAUAAAUACUUGCAUAAAAGCAGUUCAUCUCAUGGCUGGAGGAAAUGAUAAAAAUUACGAUAUGAAAUCUCCGUCGGUUGCAUCUUUAAUCGGGACUUUGUUAAAACAGCUUGGAAAUUUUUUGAAAUGUGAAAAUAUCAUGAGUAAUUUGAAGAACAAAAAUGAAGAGAUUGAUGACUUUCUGUUGGUUGUGGAAAGAAAGUGGGCAGACGUUAUAAAUAAAAACGUUCAAGAAGCGCAAAUUAAAAAGAAGAGACAAAAAAAAAUAAUUCUACCCACGACAGACGAUAUUAACAAACUAAUGGAUCAUUUACUAAAUCAACAAAUGUUAGCUUAUAAUUCUCUUAAAGAACAGUUUUCAACUGAAAAUUAUCUUUUGUUGGCUGAAACAACACUCAUGAUUGUUCAAAUGUUUAACCGGAGAAGGGCAGGUGAGAUGGAACGGGUUCUAUGGGAAGAUUUUAAACUGUAUAAUAGUCUCAAGCAAGAUCGAUUCAAAGAAAUUAUGGAAAGUAUCUCUGCCCAGGCCAGAGAGUUCUGUAAUAAAUACGUAAGAUUUUCAAUCCGAGGCAAGCGUGGAAGAGAUGUUACAGUUCUAUUAGAUGAGACUAUGUUUAGUGCAAUUGAAAUGUUAGAAAAAAACAGAUUGAAAGCUGGAAUCCGUCAAAAUAACCCGUAUAUCUUUGGGAUACCUGGAAAUUCCGACGAUAAAUAUUGUUAUUUACGAGCUUGUGUACUGAUGCGUAAGUAUUCAAAGCAAUGUGGAGCUCAAAAUCCUGGGUCUUUACGUGGAACAACAUUACGAAAACACAUUGCUACCUAUUUAGUAAACCAUAAUGCAGCUAAUAUUGAUCGUACUAAAUUGGCUAACCAUCUAGGCCAUAACAUGGGCAUACAUGAAAAUUACUACCACCUUGUCAAUGUUGCUGAAGAAAUUUGUCAACUACCGAGAGUGUUAGAAAGUGCUUGUGGCGCAAAACAUUCUAAAGACAAAAAUCACGAUUCAUCUGAUGAUUCUGAUUCGAACUCUGAAGAUGAACAAUCAGAAGCUGAUAAUUAUGAGCUGUUUCAAAAAAAUAGUCUCAUGGCAAAUUCAUCUAUUAAUGCCGGCGAAGUAUCAUGUUCUAAUUCUCCAAAAACUUUAAGUGGAGUUUCAUUAGACAAAGAUUUGGAUGAAUCAAUAAAAACUUCGUGCAGAAGGCAAAAAUGGAAUGAGCGCCACAUCGAUGCGAUGCUGAAUCAUUUUAAAGACGAAAUAAAAGAUGGACGCUAUCCAAACAAUAAAAAAAUGAUGAAAGUAUGCUCUAUUGAGCCACUAUUAAAAAACCGCUCAAUUCCAGCCAUGAGAACAUGGUUUUCAAAUUACUAUAAGAAAAUAAAGCCAAAAAAAGCAGAGUGAUUUUGAUAUUUGAUAUUAUUCGCAAGUUAUUUUGAAAAUUAUUUAGUGAAUAGAAAUAGAGGAGUGUUGUGAUAAUGAGUCAAUCGCUCUUAGGUUAGUUAUAUUGUAGAAGCAAAUGUUUCUUAACUUUUGAUAAUGCUAGUUCGUUUGUUUACGAUAGGAUGAGUAGUCAAAUCCGAACAGUGCAAUGAUACUUAAAUAUUUAAAAACGAAAAAAAAAACUUUGUAGUCUUAAAAUAAGUGAUUAUUUUAAGUACCAGCUCCGAAAUAUUUGAUAGUCAAUUAUAUUUAAGUUCAGCGCUGAAUUAUUGAUAAGUCAUUAUGAUUAUCUUCUUCUCUUUAUAUUAUGUUUUUUAAAAACAAAAUUUCUAUUUAAUUGUUACUAGCAUUAAGGUGUUUACUGAUUAUGAUUCGCUUAAAUUAUAGA